AUGCUAGCUGCAAAAGCCCUAAGGUCUAUCACAUGUACAACCCCCAACCACUCCUUCACUGCAGCAGUCGUAGAUAACAUCACUGCCCUAUGCAAGUGA